CAGCAUUACAGUUUCCAUUUGUGUUGAAGAGAGCUCAGGGGCAAUGGAUCGGUUUUGUGCGUUUACCGUGUUUGACCGCGUCCCGAUCGAGCGGCUGUUCAAACCCACUGCUGCUGCUGCCGCCUCUCUUGAAGGAGGACGAGCUGCUGCUGCUUUUGCUGCGACACCCACUGCCAUUGUGCGCUUGGCCAAGUCCGUUGACGGCGGGCUGCUCGUCGAUCGCGCACACGUCGCUCGAGCAAAGCCCGCUGCUGCUGCGGACUCCACUCCAGCCCAGCAGCAACGGAGUCCGCUGAAUGAAGCAGCGAAUUCAACCUUGUCAAGCACGGAUGCGAGUCCAGCAGCGCAGUACUCGUGCUCGACAUGCUCGGCCGAACUCGAGUCGCUCGAUGCUCAGAGAGAGCACUUUCGCUCAGAUUGGCACCGUCUCAACGCGAAACGCAAAAUCCGAUCGCUGCCCGCUCUGACGAUUGCUGCCUUUGAGGCGAUGCUGGCCAACGACGCGACCGUUUCGGAUGUAUCGAGCAUUUCUGGCUCAGACUCUGACUCGGAAGAUGACAGGCAAGAAAAGCGAAAGCUUGCUCUCGAGAACAAGAGCCUCGUGGCGAAAACACAAUCCGUGGACGGCGAUCAUGACGACGACGAAGCCAUCAACCCCGAAGAAGGCGACCAGGAUGCCACGCACGGCGGACCCCGCGUCUUUUUCACGGUUCAGCACCUCGACAACAGGGUGUUUUCAGUGUAUCGUGCCGCCCUCGCACACACUCGUGCCCAGAUGACGCUUCGAGACCUCGUUGACACCCCUGCAGCGGAAGUUGAGGCGUCGAUUUUGGCGCUUGCCACCCCCGCUGUUCGAAAGUCCUGCGUCUUGAUGUGCAGCUCGGGUCAUUUCGCAGGCAUUGUAUUUGAUGGCAAUUCCAUUGUUGCUCACAAGACAUUCCAUCGCUAUACCAUCCGCGCCAAACGCGGUACAGCCCAAUCAACAAUGGACAGCCGGAGCGGCGGCCAUGCCCCCAAGUCUGGAGGCGCCUCGCUUCGUCGCUACAACGAGGCAGCCCUGGAGCAGGAAAUCCGUGAACUGAUGGCAGAGUGGUCUCUGCUUUUGACCGAAUGCGCCUACUUGAUUGUGCACGCGCCUGGUGCCAACCGCAGGAUUUUCUUUGAGCCUGGAGCAAGCAAGCAGUCCGUCGCACCGAUUGCUCGAGACGACCCGCGUGUGCGAAAGGUCCCAUUCAUGACCCGACGGCCGACAUUGAAGGAGGCUGAGCGACUCCAUUCGCAGUUCUUUAUGAUUCUUCAGCACGAUGUGGCCAAACUUGCCCAGCCCGCUCUCGAGACUGCGCUUGCAACGGAUGCUGGUGGUAAUGCCACCAAGAGCAGUUACAGCAGCAGUGGCGAUGCCGACAACAACGGCAACGAAAGCGCAGCAUCGGUCGACGAUGAUGUCGACAGUCUCGAGGACCUGGUGGACGAGGAUGAGCAGGAUCCGUUUUACAUUGCCUGCAAGAAAGGCCAUGUCUCGACUAUCGCUGCCUUGAUUGACAUUGUCAAGGAACAAGGAGAGUUCAUGUCUGCGUCGUCCACGCCCGCUGCCACGCCGGAUGUGGUCGAGUUCCACGACGCGCAGCCCGAAUUCACGCCGCUCAACAACGACCUGACCCUGUUUCUCCACUCGGUCCAUGGUGAGCACUUGUGGACGCCCCUGCACGUCGCAUCUGCGAACGGCCAUGCCGAGACUGUGACCAAGCUGCUUGUGGAAGGCGCCGAUCCGACGCGAAAAGACGUGCUGGGACGGACCCCUUACAUUGUCGCCUCGAGCAAGCCCGUGCGGGAUGCCUUCCGCCGUUACCGAGGCGCCAAUCCCCACUCGUGGGACUAUGCUGCGUCGUCCAUUCCCACUGCACUUACCGAAGAGUUGGAGCAAGAGCAGGAGCGUAAACGCCUCGAGCGCGAGCGCGCCAAGCGCCAGCGCCGCAAGGCCAAAAGAAAGCAAGGCUCUUCAACUGCUGCCGCUGCCUCGGGUGACCAAGAGGACAAUGAUGACGACAGUUCUGACGAUGACACGCCAGCACCGCCCAAAGGCAGUGCUGCUGCACCAAAACCUAGUGCUGCGGAUGCGGUGGACGCGGACGACGAAGCCUUGCAUGUCGCAAUGCGGGAGGCUGCGCGCGAACGCUUUGCUGCCAUGUUCACGCCAGCCGCCGGUGCCAACCAUGCCCAGCAGCCGCCGCGGUCAACGCCGCCGUCUGGCAGACCCGUACCACGCGAGUCGGGUCGCCCGCACACCCCUUCGAGUGCUCGCGGCCCGGGUGCUGGGCGAGGUGCGUCGGUGGUGGCGCGCGGAGGUAGCACUGGCGGGUCUCGCACUGCAACCCAUCAACCUCCAUCAGCGGCCAAUCCACCUCAACGGCCAGCGACAACAACCUCGUCCGCCAAUGCCUCGCGCACACAGCCACCGCGGCCCCCGACCAUCCCCGUUGCCCAGCCCUCCGCCGACGAAGCGCGUCUCCAGCGGCUCAAAGCGGCCGAAGCACGUUUGAAACAGCCACCUUCGACCUCGAGCGGCAACGUGUCGGCACCGACACCUGCAACCCCGCCCCCAACCCGCUGCUCCUUCUGCAACUUUGUGAUUGCGGGUUUGCCACCGUUCACGCGUCUGUCGUACGUGUAUUGUUCGCUUGAUUGUGUGCGAGAGCAUCGCAAGUUUGUUCCUUAAGGACCUUGUCCCUUGUCAUCUCGAUCGCACGAUUUGUGGUACAACAAAAAAUCACCUUUUGCUACUUUUGAGUACACAGUAGAAAUUUUUUUAAAUCAC